CUUUUUCCUGAUGCUAGCAGCGCCGAAGUAAUACCGCACUCCAGCGUGCCUUUAAACCAUCACCACCAUCCACACGUUCUCUACGCUUAGAGUCAUUCUAUGAAAUCCUUCCCCCACUCUUCAACGUGUGCAUGAGGACUUGCUUUGACCAAAUUGAUAUAGUAACCGGUGAACUUUUCGUAUCCACGUGUCACCCGCAUGGUCCUCUCGCAUAUCCACAAGUGUCUUUAGAAACGCUCGUGGGACUCAUUAUAUCACAGCAGGACGGGUGAUAUCUCUAGUUUUCUACCACCGACUGAGCUGAACCGUCGUAUGAGCCCUGUGAUCCCUUACCAAGACGACAAUUCUUCCAUACAAAUUAGAGCCACGGUACCUCAAUCGCCCACUGCGGGUUGUUGAAACUUGAAACGGUGAUCAUCAUCUCUUCGAACACGACAAUUCAAUUUCAAUUUGGGAUUCGAUGAAACCACCUGGCGACUCACGGGAUGAUAGUUGCAAAGCACUGCCCACACUGUUACCAGUAACCGUUACCCGCCGUACGCUGAAGCAUAUGUCAAGAUGAUGGGACCAUUGUUUUAUUGGUACGAGCUGGUACCAUACAAAAAACAAUGGUCCUCUUCUUCACUCUCGCAUCUUUCUCACCGCUUUCUCUCGCUUUCUCUCAUCUUCAACGAUCCUUUCCAUCGCUAGUUUAUUUACUUUCUGGCGGAGCCGAAGGUUGAUAACGGGCGACUCUGAUAUAUCCAGCACGAACUUGUUUAUACCCUUCCACUCACUGCGUACUCUUGAUUACCCAUGUUCUCACCAACCCUCUUCACACUCUUCACACUCCUUCCACUUGCUCUUUCUGCCCCGUUGCUCGGGCGGGGUGACGACAAUGAAAACAAGACUCCUACAACACCGCUUUCCAUCGGAGACCUCGAAUCCAAGUUCCUUCGGUCAGCACAAUUCACGAGGGUGGCUUAUUGCUCAAGCAAGGCCGUAACAAACUGGCAGUGUGGAGGACCUUGUGAUGACAUCGGAAAGGGCGUUAAAGUUAUUCAGGCGGGCGGAGACGAUGGACUCGUUCCGAUGUAUUUCGUUGCACAUGAUCCCACGGACAACUCAAUAGUCGUCGCUCAUCAAGGAACGGACCCUUUCAAACUCCUCUCAAUCGUCAACGAUGCCGAAUUUCUCCUCAAGGAUCUCAACACCACCCUAAUAACCUCUGGCAAGGAUAAAGGAAUCCAAGUACACGAUGGUUUCCAGGACACAUUUGAAAGAACAGCCGACGAAGUUUUGGACGCUGUUAAACGUGGAAUGAACGAUUUCAACACGACAAAAGUUCACGUUUCGGGGCACUCUCUCGGAGCAGCAAUAGCGACCCUCGAUUCUCUCAUGCUCAAACAACAAUUAGACAAGUCGGUUGGUCUCACAACUACGGUAUUUGGAAUGCCGAGAACAGGAAACCAAGAAUUUGCUGAUUUCGUGGAUGCUAUGCUCGGAUCCUCCUUCACCCGUAUAACAAACCAAAACGACCCAGUUCCUCGCGUUCCGCCCCAACUCAUCGGAUACCAUCAUGCGAGCGGAGAAGUUUUCAUCAAAUCUGUUGAUUCGAAUGGGCAAGCUACAGACGUUGUUCAGUGUCCAGGGCAGGAGAAUGAGAACUGUGGGACGGGCAAUGAUUUGAAGAUUACGAGUAUUCCAAACCAUUUGGGUCCGUACUUUGAUGAUAUUUCCUUCAGCGAGUUUGCUUGUCCUUUGUAGUUUUUCGGAUAAACGACUGUACUAGCCUGCAGGAGGGGUCGCACGCACCUUCUGGCUUUUCCACAAACACAAACAACCUAAUACCGUUCGUCAUCUCAACAUACAAAUGCGGAUGAGACGCGGGUUGGGUACGAGUAGUCGAGGCAA